GCCGGGAAGAAAGGACCGGGAAGCGGUUAGGUCCUGAAGGCCAGGUCUGCAGUGGCAAGCGUCUGCUUCUCCCUCGCUCACUCUCUUCAGCUCCACGCCAAGCCGCUCUGGUUUUCUCUCAAGCCCAGUACCCUUUUCGCUUUCUAUUCUACUCCCCAACCUUCACACUCUCACUUACCUCAUCAUCAUCUCAUCAUCAUCUCUCUCUCUUAUUAUUUAUAAAUACUGCUCACCUCUUCCGCACAUUGAUCGCCACUUGGUCAAUUCUCUUCUCCAGCUUUAAAAGCCUUUUCGAGCUCUCUCUUUCUUCCUAAUUCCUAUCUCAAUUUCUGGUGUGGAUAGUGGCGGUAGUUUUCCGAUGGUGAUUUCAGAUUCGCCGCCUGAUGGCGGAGGCGCCGUCGCCUCGAUUCCGGCGGCGGUGUCCGAUCUGCGGCGGAGGCCGAUCGCGAGAGAGGACGUGGAUUCGGAUUCUAAGGGCGGGAAAUUGGUCGGGGGCUCGACCUCCAGUGAGGACUCGGUGCUGGCGAAGAUCACCGGUGACGAUAGCAAGGCGAUGAAUGAAGGUUCUGCGGAGUCGGUUCGCAGCGGCGGGGAGGAGGAGGAGAAGAAGAAGGAGAGCGGUGAGGAUGGAGGCGGCUCUACGGUGAAGUUUGCUUACCGGCCUUCGGAGAUUCCGGCUCACCGGAGGAUUAAGGAGAGUCCGCUCAGCUCCGACGCCAUUUUCAGACAGAGCCAUGCAGGUCUUGUUAACCUGUGUAUAGUAGUACUUGUUGCUGUAAACAGCAGGCUUAUUAUCGAGAAUUUAAUGAAGUAUGGUUGGUUGAUUAGAACCGGUUUUUGGUUUAGUUCAAGAUCAUUGCGAGAUUGGCCCCUUCUUAUGUGUUGCCUUACUCUUCCUAUUUUCCCACUUGCCGCCUUUCUAGUUGAGAAGUUAGCAGUACAAAAGCGUUUAAAAGAAUCUGCUGUUGUUUCUCUUCAUAUCGCCAUUACUACAACUGCACUUUUGUAUCCGGUUUUCGUAAUUCUGAGGUGUGAUUCUGCUGUUUUAUCUGGCGUUACAUUAAUGCUCUUUGCUUGCAUUGUGUGGUUAAAACUCGUCUCCUUUGUGCAUACAAAUUAUGAUAUAAGAUUGGGUACCAAAUCAGUUGAUAAGGUGGAUGUUGUGCCCGGUACUGCAGGCGUUGAUUGCUCUCAUGAACUUAACUUGAAAACUUUGGCGUACUUCAUGGUUGCCCCAACAAUAUGUUACCAGACUAGUUACCCUCGUACCCCAUCUGUUCGAAAGAGUUGGGUGUCCCGUCAAUUUGUCCAGUUAAUCAUAUUCACUGGAGUCAUGGGAUUUAUGAUAGAACAAUACAUCAAUCCUAUUAUCAAGAAUUCUCAACAUCCUUUAAAGGGGAACCUUUUAUAUGCAAUAGAAAGGGUUUUGAAGCUUUCUCUUCCAUGUUUAUAUGUGUGGCUAUGCAUGUUUUAUUGCUUUUUUCACCUAUGGUUAAAUAUUCUUGCUGAGCUGCUCUGUUUUGGGGACCGAGAGUUCUAUAAAGAUUGGUGGAAUGCAAAAACAGUUGAGGAGUAUUGGAGAAUGUGGAAUAUGCCUGUGCAUAAGUGGAUGGUUCGCCAUAUCUACUUUCCUUGCUUGCGAUAUGGAAUGCCAAAGGGAGCUGCUGUCAUGAUUGCUUUCCUAGUGUCUGCUAUAUUUCAUGAGCUAUGCAUUGCUGUUCCUUGUCACAUAUUCAAGUGGUGGGCUUUCUUAGGAAUCAUGUUCCAGGUACCACUGGUCUUGAUCACAAAUUACCUGUGGGAUAAAUUCCAGAACUCGAUGGUUGGAAAUAUGAUCUUCUGGUUCAGUUUUUGCAUUCUCGGUCAACCGAUGACUGUGCUACUAUAUUACCAUGACUUGAUGAAUCGAAAAGGAGCAAACUGGUGAACUUCAUGUGGAUCCAAUAGUUCUAGAAGCAAUUUCCCCCCUAGAGAUAUUCAUGUGCAAGGCAACUUCCCUCGUGGAGUCGUGCUGCUAUUGCUGCUGCUGGUCGACAUCAUGCCGCAUCCUUUGCGAAGUCUACAAAUUGAAGUAUUCAUUGAUCCAUAAAUUGUGCAUCGAGAGCAUAAUUUUUUUGGUGAUUCAAUGAAUCCUACAUACAACUUCGGAAUGUAAUGACCACUAGCAGUAAUUACCUAGUCGCCUUUCUCUAAUCUACGUAUAGUUACCAAUU